AGAACGACCAGCAACAACAUGGCGGUGAGUUCACCAGUUAAACCAGCUUAAACCAGCUAAACCUAACCAGUCAGACUAAACCAGAACGACCAGCAACAACAUGGCGGUGAGUUCACCAGUUAAACCAGCUUAAACCAGCUAAACCAGCUAAACCUAACCAGUCAGACUAAACCAGAACGACCAGCAACAACAUGGCGGUGAGUUCACCAGUUAAACCAGCUUAAACCAGCUUAAACCAGCUAAACCUAACCAGUCAGACUAAACCAGAACGACCAGCAACAACAUGGCGGUGAGUUCACCAGUUAAACCAGCUUAAACCAGCUUAAACCAGCUAAACCUAACCAGUUAGACUAAACCAGAACGACCAGCAACAACAUGGCGGAUUCCUCCGAGUCGUUCCACGGGGCCACCAGCCCGAGCCGAGCCUCCAGGAGAGGAGACAUGACCUCCAGCCCCGGACGAGACCUGCCCCCCUUUGAGGACGAGUCUGAGGGGCUGUUGGGGGACGGACUCCUCCCCGCGGAGGAGGAGGAGGACGGGGACGGGGAGGAGCUGAUCGGGGACGGGAUGGAGAGGGAUUAUCGAGCCAUCCCGGCUCUGGACCAGUACGAGGCAGAGGGUCUGGACCUGGACGAAGAAGACCUGUCGGAGAUGUCUCCCGGAGCCCGGGCCGCCGCCGAGGAGGCCAUGAGGAGGAGGGACCGGGAGCAGGGGGUCAGCGGGAGACUGAGGAGAGGCCUGCUCUACGACAGCGAAGACGAGGAUGACGAGCGGCCGGCGGCUCGGAGAAGGCGAUUGGCUGAGCGAGCGGCGGAGGGUGUGGCUGAAGGAGAAGACGAGGAGAUGAUCGAGAGCAUCGAGAACCUGGAGGACAUGAAGGGUCACACCGUGAGGGAGUGGGCCUCCAUGGCGGCUCCUCGCCUGGAGAUCUACAACCGCUUCAAGAACUUCCUGCGGACGCACGUGGACGAAAACGGCCACAACGUGUUCAAGGAGAAGAUCAGCGACAUGUGCAAAGAGAACAAGGAGAGUCUGGUGGUGAACUACGAGGAUCUGGCAGCCAGAGAACACGUCCUGGCCUACUUCCUGCCAGAGGCCCCGACUGAGAUGUUGAAGGUCUUUGAUGAAGCGGCCAAAGAGGUGGUGCUCGCCAUGUUCCCCAAAUACGACCGCAUCGCCCACGAGAUCCACGUCCGCAUCUGCAACCUGCCGCUGGUGGAGGAGAUCCGCUCCCUGAGGCAGCUGCACCUGAACCAGCUGAUCCGGACCAGCGGCGUGGUGAGCAGCUGCACCGGCGUGCUGCCCCAGCUCGGCAUGGUGAAGUACAACUGUAACAAGUGCAGCUUCGUGCUGGGCCCCUUCUUCCAGAACCAGAACCAGGAGGUGAAGCCGGGCUCCUGUCCCGAGUGCCAGUCCCUGGGCCCCUUUGAGAUCAACAUGGAGGAGACCGUGUACCAGAACUACCAGAGGAUCACCAUCCAGGAGAGUCCGGGCAAAGUGGCCGCCGGCCGCCUGCCGCGCUCCAAAGACGCCAUUCUGCUGGCCGACCUGGUGGACCACUGCAAGCCGGGGGACGAGAUCGAGCUGACGGGGAUCUACCACAACAACUACGACGGCUCCCUGAACAUGGCCAACGGCUUCCCCGUGUUCGCCACCGUGAUCCUGGCCAAUCACAUCACCCGCAGGGACCAGGGCGUCGCCGUGGCCGAGCUGACGGACGAAGACGUGAAGGCCAUCGUGGCGCUCUCCAAGGACGAGCGCGUCGGGGAGCGGAUCUUCGCCAGCAUGGCGCCCUCCAUCUACGGCCACGAGGACAUCAAGCGAGGUCUGGCCCUGGCGCUGUUUGGAGGAGAGCCCAAGAAUCCAGGAGGAAAGCACAAAGUACGAGGAGACAUCAACGUUCUGCUGUGUGGAGACCCGGGAACCGCCAAGUCCCAGUUCCUCAAGUACGUGGAGAAGGUGUCGAGCCGGGCGGUCUUCACCACGGGUCAGGGCGCCUCCGCCGUCGGCCUCACCGCCUACGUGCAGAGACACCCGGUGAGCCGCGAGUGGACGCUGGAGGCCGGAGCGCUGGUGCUGGCCGACCGCGGCGUCUGUCUGAUCGACGAGUUCGACAAGAUGAACGACGCCGACCGGACGAGCAUCCACGAGGCCAUGGAGCAGCAGAGCAUCUCCAUCUCCAAAGCCGGCAUCGUCACCUCGCUGCAGGCCCGCUGCACCAUCAUCGCCGCCUCCAACCCCAUCGGCGGCCGGUACGACCCGUCUCUCACCUUCUCUGAGAACGUGGAUCUGACGGAGCCCAUCGUGUCUCGGUUUGACGUGCUGUGUGUCGUCAGAGACACCGUGGACCCCGUGCAGGACGAGAUGUUGGCGCGCUUCGUGGUCGGCUCCCACAUCAAGCAUCACCCCAGCAACAAGGAAGGGGGCGUGGCCUUGGAGGAAGUGAUUCUGCCCAACACGUCCGACGUGCCGCCGAUUCCCCAGGUGCUGCUGAGGAAGUACAUCAUCUACGCCAAAGAGCGGAUUCAUCCCAAACUGAACCAGAUGGAUCAGGACAAGGUGGCUCGCAUCUACAGCGACCUCCGUAAAGAGUCCAUGGCGACGGGCAGCAUCCCCAUCACGGUGCGCCACAUCGAGUCCAUGAUCCGCAUGGCGGAGGCCCACGCCAAGAUGCACCUGAGGGACUACGUGCUGGAGGACGACGUCAACAUGGCCAUCAGGGUGAUGCUGGAGAGCUUCAUCGACACGCAGAAGUUCAGCGUGAUGAGGAGCAUGAGGAAGACCUUCUCCCGGUACCUGGCCUUCAGGCGGGACAACAACGAGCUGCUGCUCUUCAUCCUCAAGCAGCUGGUGGCCGAGCAGGUCUCCUACCAGAGGAACCGGUACGGGGUCCAGAACGACACCGUGGAGGUCGUGGAGAAAGACCUGCAGGACAAGGCCAGACAGAUCAACAUCCACAACCUGACGUCGUUCUACGACAGCGACGUCUUCCGCUCCAACAAGUUCAGCCACGACGGGAAGAAGAAACUGAUCCUGCAGCAGUUCUAGAAGCCCCGCCCCCUCCCUUAGCAGCCAAUCAUCAUCAUGCUUGACUCCAGGUGGAGGCGGGCCUACCUGUAGCUCAGGACUAAUGGCUGGAGGAAGCAGAACAACUGUCACACACGUGGUCAUGUUGACCUCAUGAGAUCUUAAAGGUGGAUCAUGUGAUCUUAUAAAUAAGGUCAGGUGAUCAUGUCUGUGGUGAAGUUUGAUUCCAAAAUAAGAGCUCACAUUUCAUAAAAGAACUUUGAUUUAAGGUCCUGAAUAAAGACCUUAAUGUUGAAGUAAUUGGAGACUUAAACUCUCUGGACGGCUGAUUGUAAAUAAAUGUACAUGUUUGUUGUUGUUGUUGUUGACGUAGCAGGAAGUUCACUUCAGAUGAUUGUUAAAAAAUGUUAUUAAACUGGUGUUUGUUAAA